AUGCUGGAAGCGCUUUUUGAUCAUCUGCUGGAAAAACCGGGUCUGUACCUCGACGAGAUGGUUAUCUUUUUAUGGGAUGAAUUCCAGAUGCUAGCAACAACUUCUAGCAUUAGAAGGGCUCUCGUAUCUAACGGUUGGUCGAGAAAAAGUGCACGUCAGAAAGCGAAAGAGCAGAACGCCGAACUACGAGAAAUAUACCUUCAUAAUCUCUCCGAAUAUGAGUCGUACCAUCUUGUUUACGUUGAUGAAUCUGGAUGUGACAAGCGAAUUGCAUUCCGACGGACUGGCUGGUCACCACUUGGUGUAGCACCACGGCAAGUCACUUUCCUUGAACGGUGUAUUAAUCAGGUUGGGGUAAAGAAAGACAGCGCUAGGGGCCAUUUUCGGCACGCAGGCCUCACUAUUGAGGAUCUAAAUGAUUGA